UGCGAGCCCGAGCACCACUGGCGGCACCGCCGGGAGUUCCUGCUGCGCAACGUAGGGGAGCCGCCGGCAGCGGGCAGCGCCCAGCUCCAGCGCCUGGUGUCUCUCUCCAUGGUGUGGGCCAACCACGUCUUCCUGGGCUGCCGGUACCCGCCGCAGGUCAUGGAGAAGGCGCUGGAAAUGGCCGAAGGCAUCCAAGUGACCGGCGCGCCUGUCCGCACCACGAGAGAUGAACUGGUUGCCAAGGUGAAGAAAAGAGGCAUAUCAAGUAGCAAUGAAGGGGUAGAGGAGCCUCCCAAGAAGCGAGCUGUUGAGAAAAGCAAAAGUUCUAAAGAUACUGGAAAGGAUGUGAAAACAACAAAGGCAGAAGCCCCGAAGGAAACGGAGAGCACGUUGCCAAAAAAGCGGGAAAAAGAUACUACCAAAGAUCAAGCAAGCUCCCAGUCAGCUUGCAGUUCAGAUCAAGAAAUGGUUACGGCAUCAGACAUAGAAACAGAAGGAAAACCUGCUAAUGCUGAAAAUACUACUGAGCAAAAUCCAUCUUCACCUACAAAAGAGUCAGGAGAGAAGCCUUGCUUAAAUCCACCUAAGGAAAGCAAAUGUGAAAAUGUGCUGUCACCUGAAAAGAAAACCACAGUAAGUGCAGUGCCACCAGCUGCCAAGAGCACCCCGCAGGCAGAGGUGAUGGCAGAGGUGGUGUCACCAGCUGCCAAGGGCGCUCCACAGGCAGCAGUGGCGGUGUCACCAGCUGCCAAGGCAGCGGGGCCACCAGCUGCCAAGGGCACCUCACAGGCGGCGGUGGUGCCACCAACCACCAAGAGCACCCCACAGGCAGCAACAGUGUCACUAGCUGCCAAGAGCACCCCGCAAACAAGUGCUGCAUUGCUGUCUUCCAAAAACCAAGUGAGUGCCCUAGCAUCAGUGUCAAAGAGCGGCGCUCAGGCAGGCACGUCGCUGCUGCUGGCUCCCAAGAGCAGCGCUCAGGCGGGCACAUCGCUGCUGCUGGCCCCCAAGAGCAGCGCUCAGGCAGGCACCUCACUGCUGUUGGCGUCCAAGGGCGCUGCUAAGGCGGGCUCCUCGCUCCUGGCCUCCAAGAGCAGCGCUGAGGUGGCUGCCUCGUUGCUGGCUGCUCGGAGUGGCGCUCAGCAGGGAUCCUCGCUGCUGACUUCCAAGAGCAGCACUCAGGUGGCUGCUUCACUGCUGGCCUCUCGGAGUGGUGCUCAGCAAGGUCCCUCGUCACUGGCCUCCCGGGGUGGAGCCCAGGCAGGUGCUUCCCUGCUGGCCUCCAAGGGUGGCACGCAGGCAGGUUCACCACAGCUUGCCUCGAAGAGUGGCUCGCAGGCAGGUGAAAGCCCUGCUAAGGCUUUGUGCAAACCGUUAACCAGCGAAGAUGCAAAGGAAAGACAGCCUUUUUUCAACAGACUCUACAAAGCUGUAGCGUGGAAGCUGGUUGCUGUUGGAGGCUUCAGUCCUAACGUAAAUCACGCAGAACUUCUAAACUCAUCCAUUCAGUCUGUAAAGGCUACGUUAGAUGUUGCUUUUGUUCCUCUGAAGGAACUGGCUGACUUGCCUCAAAAUAAGAGCUCUCUAGAAAAUAUAGUUUGUGAACUGAGGUGCAAGUCUGUCUACUUGGGUACUGGCUGUGGUAAAAGCAUGGAAAAUGCCAAAGCGGUUGCUUCAAGAGAAGCUUUGAAAUUAUUCCUCAAGAAGAAGGUUAUUGUGAAGAUAUGCAAAAGAAAAUACAAAGGUAGUGAAAUUGAAGAUUUGGUCCUUCUGGAUGAAGAAUCAAAACCUUCAAAUUUACCUCCAGCUUUAAGAAAUCCUCGGGAGAUCUUGUAGGGGAGAACCGCUGUUUGUACCGUGUAUAGUAUUUCAACACAAGGACUGAAGGUUAAUUUUGUACUUUAAAA